CGCAGGCGGGCACCGGGCGGUGCGCAGGCGUGGGCGCGAGGCGGCGCGGCGGUUGGGGCGGCGGCCGGCGGCCGGCGGCAGCGACAUGACCCAGCAGGGCGCGGCGCUGCAGAACUACAACAACGAGCUGGUCAAGUGCAUCGAGGAGCUGUGCCAGAAGCGGGAGGAGCUGUGCCGGCAGAUCCAGCAGGAGGAGGAGGAGAAGCAGCGGCUGCAGAAUGAGGUGAGGCAGCUGACCGAGAAGCUGGCCAGAGUCAAUGAGAACCUGGCGCGCAAGAUCGCCUCUCGGAAUGAGUUUGAUCGGACCAUCGCGGAGACGGAGGCCGCCUAUCUCAAGAUCCUGGAGAGCUCGCAGACUCUGCUCAGCGUCCUGAAGAGGGAGGCGGGGAACCUGACCAAGGCCACAGCCUCGGAGCAGAAGAGCAGUGCCGGCAAGGACAGCUGACGCUGAGGGUGGGUGGCCGGGCGCCUCCCCUGCUCCCUCCACAGGCCCAUCCCCAGCAAAGCCCCUUGUUCAUGGCGGCAGCUGCCUUCCGGUGGAGCCCCCGCUUCCACUGCCCUGGGGCACAGCCUCCCAGGUGGGGUCCUGUCCAUGCACUCACUCAGGCAGUGGGGGUGCGGGCUCUGGGUCAGCUCUGCUCGGGGCCUGUCUGAAGCCCCACACCCCUUUGGACUGCAGGACAGACCUGCUUCUAGUCUCCGCCUCACGGAGUCCCUCACGCUCCUCAGCCAGCAGGUGCCCAGGCUAGGCCGACGGGCAGGGCCUCCUUCACCUCAGAGCUUGCCCGAGUGGCCUGUGACUGUCAAUAAAGAUUAUCUUUCUAAAGA